GCGACCAAAAUCACAAGGUCCAUCAUGGGAUCUUGUAGCCCUACUUCAUAACAGAACCGAGUUUAGAUCUUGUGGGGGAUCUAUUCUGGAGACAUGGCAGUGGAAACCAUCGCACCUGACUGGGAGUUUGACCGUUUUGACGACGGUUCUCAGAAAAUCCACACAGAGGUUCAACUGAAGAACUACAGCAAGUUUCUGGAAGAAUACACCUCUCAGCUGAAGGGCAUUGAAGAGGCUCUGGAUGACUCUAUUGGAGAUGUGUGGGACUUCACUCUGGACCCCAUCGCUCUAAAACUUCUCCCAUAUGAGCAGACCUCUUUAUUAGAGUUAAUUAAAACAGACAACAAGGUCUUGAAUAAAGUUGUAACGGUUUAUGCUGCUCUGUGCGGUGAAGUGAAGAAGCUAAAAUAUGAGGCAGAAACCAAAUUUUAUAAUGGCUUAUUGUUCUAUGGAGAGGGAGUGUGUGAAACCAGUGUUCUUGAAGGCGAGUCGCAGAUUCAAAUGGGCAGAUUUAUUUCAUUCCUACAGGAACUGUCCUGCUUUGUUUCCAGAUGUUAUGAAGUGGUGGUCAGCAUCAUUCAUCAGCUGGCUGCCCUCUACAACAGCAGCAAGGGUGCAACAAAAAUUAUUGAAUCAUCAGGUGUCCAUUUCCAGGUGGUUUAUGAGCACCUGGGGGAGCUCCUAGUGGUACUGAUGACACUUGAUGAGAUUAUGGAAAAUCACGCUACCCUGAAAGAUCACUGGAAGAUGUAUAAAAGGUUACUGAAGUCUGUUCAUCACAACCCUGGAAAAUUUUCCAUUCCUGAAGAAAAGCUGAAGCCCUUUGAGAAGCUCCUGUUGAAGCUGGAGGGGCAGCUGCUGGAUGGCAUGAUAAUGCAGGCCUGCGUGGAGCAGAGAUUUGAUGACCCGGCCGAAGCGGUCGCUGUCUCCAAAAACAGUUCCUUUGCCGAGGAGUUCGCCUUCAACAUUCGCUCCAUCUUCACGAAUGUGGAGUCCAAAAUUGGCGAGCCUUCAGAAAUUGACCAGAGGGAUAAGUACGCUGCAGUCUGCGGUCUCUUUGUCCUGCAUUUUCAUAUUUUCAGAAGUGUCGACAAAAAACUCUACAAAGCAUUGCUUGACAUCUGUAAAAAGGUUCCUGCUGUCACUCUGAUUGCAAAUAUCGUCUGGUUUCCCGACGCCUUCCUCACCGUUAAAGUCCCGGCUGCUGCCAAACUGAUGGACAAGAAGAGUCUCCAGACGAUGAAAGCACAGAGAGACACCUACCUGCAGCAAAGGGCUCAAACGUUAACAAAGGAUGUCCAGUCUUACUACGUUUUUGUAACUUCGUGGAUGAUGAAGAUGGAGUCCAUUCUGUCCAAGGAGAAUAAAAGUGACAAACUGGCUGAGGACCUCAACAGCAGAUGUAAUGUAUUUGUGCAGGGCAUCCUGUACGCUUACAGCAUCGGCACCAUCAUCAAGACCACCAUGAACAUGUACAUGUCCAUGCAGCGGCCCAUGACCAAGACGUCUGUUAAAGCUCUCUGUCGAUUGGUUGAGUUGCUCAAGGCCGUGGAGCACACAUUUCACAGGAGGUCGAUGGUCGUAGCCGACUCUGUUUCACUCAUCACUCUGCAGCUCCAGUCUCAGGCCCUCAGUGCUAUCAGCAAUGCAAAGAAAAGGGUGAUCUCUGAUAAGAAGUACAGCGAGCAGCGGCUGGAUGUCCUUUCGUCUUUGGUGCUUGCAGAAAACGCGCUCAGUGGGCCGAGCACAAAGGAGCGACGCCUGGUUGCGUCUCUGGCUCUGUGUGUUGGCACACAGCUGAAAACCUUUAAAGACGAGGAGCUGCUUCCGCUGCAGGUGGUGCUGAAGAAGCUGGAUUUGAUCAGUGAGCUUUGUGAAAGGGUCAGGCUCCAGUGUGACUGCAGUUUCCUGUACUGGCACAGGGCUGUGUUUCCCAUCUACCUAGACAAUGUGUAUGACAACGCCGUGGAUGCAGCACGGAUGCAUUACAUGUUUAGCGCGCUAAGAGACAGUGUGCCAUGCAUGCUCUAUGCUAAACACUUGGAGUCAUGUGACCAGCUGCUGGAGUGCUUUGACAAGGAGAUCAUGGAUGUGUUCAAUGAGCAUCUCCUCAACAAGCUGUGUAAGGAGAUCGAGAAGGACCUGCGCCUCUCUGUCCACACCCACCUGAAGCUGGACGACAGGAACCCGUUUAAAGUUGGCUUGAAGGACUUGGCCCACUUCUUCUCUGUUAAACCAAUCCGAUUCUUCAACCGCUUCAUUCACAUCAAAGCCUAUGUGACUCACUACCUGGAUAAAACUUUCUACAAUCUGACCACUGUUGCUCUGCAUGACUGGGCCACCUACAGUGAGAUGAGAAACCUUGCAACGGAGCGCUACGGGCUCACGAUGACAGAGGCGCACCUGCCCAGCCAGACUCUGGAGCAGGGUUUGGAUGUUCUGGAGAUCAUGAGAAACAUUCACGUUUUUGUCUCACGCUACCUCUACAACCUAAACAACCAGAUCUUCGUAGAAAAGGCGAGUAACAACAAGCACCUCAACACCAUCAACAUCCGUCACGUCGCAAACUCGAUUCGGACGCAUGGCACGGGCAUCAUGAACACCACAGUCAAUUUUACCUAUCAGUUCCUGCGGAAAAAGUUUUACAUCUUCAGCCAGUUCAUGUAUGACGAACACAUCAAGUCCAGACUCAUUAAGGACAUCCGCUUUUUCAGGGAGAUAAAGGAUCAGUCUGACCAUAAGUAUCCAUUUGAGCGUGCAGAGAAGUUUAACCGCGGCAUCAGAAAGCUCGGCCUCACUCCUGAUGGGCAGAGCUAUCUGGACCAGUUCAGACAGCUCAUCAGCCAGAUCGGCAACGCCAUGGGCUACGUCCGCAUGAUCCGUUCUGGAGGCCUUCACUGUUGCAGCAGCGCGAUCAGAUUUGUCCCUGACCUGGAAGAUAUAGUCAACUUUGAGGAGCUUGUUAAGGAGGAAGGACUCUCUGAGGAAACCCAAAGAUCUGCCAGCGUCCUGGAUUCAGUGUUGAGCGAUCUGACCAGCAACUCUGCCGAGGGGACCGAGUACUUCAAGAUGCUGGUGGCCGUGUUUGCCCCCGAGUUCCGUAGCGCCAAGAACAUGCACCUGAGGAACUUCUACAUGAUUGUACCGCCGCUGACUGUGAAUUUUGUGGAGCACUCAAUCAGCUGUAAAGAGAAACUCAACAAGAAGAACAAAACCGGAGCUGCCUUCACAGACGAUGGCUUUGCGAUGGGUGUUGCGUACAUCCUGAAGCUGCUGGACCAGUACCUGGAGUUCGACUCUCUUCACUGGUUCCAAGCGGUCCGAGAUAAGUACAGGAAAGAGCUGAGCGCGGUGGCGAAGGAGCAGACGGUGCAGUCCGCCGGUCAGGACGAGAAGCUGCUUCAGACGAUGAAUCUCACCCAGAAGAGGCUGGAUGUCUGCUUGCAGGAGUUUGAGCUGCUCUACUUCUCAUUAAGCAGCGCGAGGAUCUUCUUCAGAGCCGACCAAACCGCAGCUGAGGAAACCCAGGAGAAGAAAGACGAAGCUGGGAAGGUGGGAAUGUCUCCAGAAGGCUCCACGCCUGCAGAGUCGUCCUCAAAGUAAGCAUGAGACCGUUCUGGAUUAUUCCUGAGAGCUCUGUAGAGGAAUGAUCCCAAAGAAAACACUGAAGCUGUUUCAGUGUGUUUGUGGACAAAAGACCGAAAAGUUCACCAAACAAUGGAUUUGUUUGAUAUCCCAGUUAUGCUAAAGUCUGUGUACUUUAAGUGCUAAUACAGGAAGUGUCUCUAAACAUCCAGUGAGUCAUUUACACUACUACUUGAACUAAUUUAAGGUAAAAACAAAAUCAAUUUAUUACGUCUCACCCUCGGCAGACUGAGGAAAUGUCUACAGAGAAAGUUUUCAUUAUUUGUUUCAAGUGUUUGUUUCUUUGAGCAUUUUAUACAUUGUAUAAAUGAAUCAUAUGUGCCUUCAUAAACUUUGGGUACUUGUUUUGAUAAUUCAUGUGCAAACAGUAAACUCCACAGCUGAUGCAAAUUUGCCAUUUCAUAACUCAAAGAUUUUCCUGGUGUAAAAUGUUGAGCACUUUCUCUGAAAUUGUUCACGUCUGAGUGGAAAACAUUUACCUUGUUUUGGUUUUGUCAUCUGGAUAUUAAUGAAAUUGUUUAAAAUCACAAUUCAGAUGACUUCACAGUUUUUCUAACAUUUGGACCAACUUGGAUCAGAUGUUUUGAAAUUAAUAAACCUUUUUUUUGUCAAA